UAAUGUGGGCGUCGCUGAGCUGCUUUAUCAGUGAGGUAAAAUGAGGGGUAAUGUAAGGCUGUGGGCCUGGGGGUUAGUUAUCCUGCUUUUAAUGAUUUACCUGCCAUUUCCUGACUUAUUUAACUGAUUCUUGUGAAACUCAUGAUGAUUUUCUUUCCACUGUGUUCUCGUGUUUACGACUGACUCAGUUCGAGGUAUUUGUAGGUUACUGCCCUUAGGCGUGUGUCCUGUUGUGGUGAUUAAAAGUCUUGUUAAUCCCUCCUGAAGGACACUUAGCUGCUCCAGCUCACACGCUUCAACCACACAGACUAAAAAUAACCUGCACGGAGAGCAAGCACAGGUUAAAAUGCACACCUUCAGAUUUUAUCUAUCGUACGGUGGCUCAGCCUUAACGUAGAUUCAGUAAGUUUUCUGGUGAGAGAUCAAACCAGCUGCAGCUCACAGUCUGACCCCCCAAACAAAGGAGAUAUUAAACCUGGCUUAAAUACCAGCUUUGUCACAGGCUUUUCCUCUGGCAGAGUUACAUUUAAAAACACUUUGAAUGACGAUUAACGGCUUUAGAGGUUAAAUUUAAUUUCUUUAUCCACAACAAGCUCUCUUUCCUUAAUUAGCGCUCGCAUGCAUGCUCACACAGGAGCUGUCGGCUCUGUUUUCACAGCUUCUCAUUUUUCCUCUUUAAUAGUUUAAAUUGGCUCCUUUCAAGUAGAUGUUUGACCCCCUUUGUUGCGUCAUGACUGACUUUAAUGAUCGAUUGCUGCAGCUUUUUCUGGAGGUGACCUAUUUUUUUCUGUCCCCAGCACUUAGACUUUAUCCUGUAUGACUAAUGAAGUGAUUCAUCCCAGCUGCAUUGAUCUAUUGCCAAAGCUUCAAGGUGUUACUUUUAGUUUUUAUUGGACUUGAGUGGAAGCAGUCCAGAGAGGGAAGCUCUUCAGAGUGAUUUGGAUCUUUUUGUAUUUAAAGGUAGCUCAGGUCUGUGUGUUUUCAGUGUCCACAUGUUAUUGUAACCCUGUUCAUUCGAUCUUUUUUUCUAUUUGUGCUUCUUGUUCAUUUUCACCCUGCAGAUAAACCGUUUUUAAAGUGACUACACUUUGCCUCAUGAUCUGUUAGCUUCACAUAGAGGGACGUUUAUCACACAGCUUUUGCGUCGUGAUUGAAAAACAGCAGCUGAGCAAGGGGAGUGCAGACUCUAAACACUCCUAAUUUAAAUCAAAGCAGAGGACAAAUUUGGUUUAAACAGAGACAGCAGCAGGCUCAUUUACAAAAAUGCUGUUAGACUAAACUCAGUCUUCUCUCUGGUCCUUUGGUCCUGAACUGAAAUAAGGCAGGACUCCACGUUUACGACAAAAAUAGUAAUCACGUUUAUUUACUGAAAUUAAAAAAAUGUCUUUUUACAGGGGUAUGAAUUUUAAAUUUAAGUCAAAUGAAAACAAAUAAACGCAGGGAAAAAAGAGGCGGAGGAGGUGAGGGGACACAAGGUCAUCACAUUAGGGAGUUUAGGUGAGUAUUUGGGAGACCUGCAUGGUAGAUGAGCAGAAAGCAAAGAAGAACCGACGGAAAAACCACAGACUCUUUGAACUUUUGAAACAAUAAACUUUGCACUGUAUCGUAAAAUCGUGAUUUUAAUUACAUUUUGAUUAAUUGCACUGCAACCCAGAGGCAAAGGCAACUGCAGGAAAUGUUAAUCCCUCUAAGCCAUUAAUAAUCUGACCUUUACUUUCUGUAGAUGGAUGACCAAACAUUUGUUCCAACUCGGCUUUAUUUGAAUUUAAGUGCAUGACUUUGUGCUUUUAAAGAAAAGGUAAAAAAAGGGAAGAGCUUGGUUUAUAACAAAAUAAGAGCAUCGCAGUAAAAAAGUACGAAAAGAAGCUAAAAUGAAAACCGAAACAUUCGAGAGAGCAGAUGCGAGACUAAAAGUCACAAAAAUCAGUCAUCAGAUGGACGAACGCCUGCAUGUGAUUUUAAAUGUUUGAAUGAUAUAAAAUAAAUCUGCAGAGAAUCGACUGCUCUGUGUUUCAGUUUAAUGACCCCGGUGUUAUUGUUGUUUCACUCUCUGCUCUUAUCAGCUUUGUUUUUAGCUGCAGGAGGAGGUAGAGCAGGAAACCCUGCGAUAAAAGCAACCCGCAGCUUUUAGCAUUAAGAGCUGGAUCGUUUUUCUCAGGACCAAAACAAACUGUUUGUUUUGCAGUCAGUUUAUCAUUCAUGUGUCAGAGUCACUAAAUGCUUCCUACUGAGCUGGAGUCUGGACAUGUUUAGGUUAACCAAAACACUCUUAAACCAGGGAAAAAGAGGCUGCACUGAUUCUCAGUUAAAGUUUGGCAAUAAAAGCCUCCACACAUUUUAUUUUGACACCUCUGUUAUGUUUAAACUGUAAAGCACGGACAGAGACACCCAUCACACCCAUUAAACUGCUUCAAACGUUUGAAUUUGCACCAAAAUCGGGACUAAAAACAUUUUUUUCACACUACAGUUUAUCCUUACUGUACACAUGCACAAAGUCAAGUGACGUUACGGCUUUAGUAACACCAUCAACACUUCAGCUCAGUCAUGCAAAGCUCUCACACGGGAAGUCAGAAAUUAAUCAGGAAUGCAAAAAACAAAAAUCUGCUUUACUAUUUUCUCUUUUUUUAAAAAAGAAUGAAUUCAAACAUUUAUGGAUAAUGAUAAUAAUUAUAAUUUAUCAUUAAAAUACAGUUUAGAUUAAAGAGCUUUCACAUACAGGUGGAUAAAAUUUUUAAAAAAGUAAAGUGCUGAACAUUAUGCACAAAAACUGUUAAAGAAAGGUUAACAGACUUGAACUGGAGCAUGUACUGUACGGGUGCAGUGCACAGAUAGCUGCUAACUGCUGAAUAACAUUCAAAUAAAAUCCUUUAACUUCACUCAUCUAAACUGCACCAUCGUUCCUAGAUGGUCUGUUAGUACAAUUAACUGCUCAGCCGCCAUUUUUAUUUGAAUUAAAGACUUCAAGAGGACAAACACAGGCUGAGGCGAAGCCUGGGAGACAGCAAAGUUGAUUUUAACAUGGAAGUCUGCAGGGACUGGCUCGCUGCUUGAGUCGGCCUCAAGUGGACGUUAGUGGAACUGCAGUUUUUAACGCUUCAACAAACAAACUUGCUGUUUCUUGAAUCAUAAAACUUUUACUGAACAUGUCUGGACUCCAGCUCUGCAGGCACGCUCGAGUUAACAUUAACCUCGCUAAAGUCUGAGCUGAUCAGGUUCUGUGUUUUUGAACCACCAUGUGAUACAGAGAGGACUUCCUUAGACGCUCACAGCUGUCAGACAGGUUCACUCACAGCUUUCUUACUAAUUAAUGAUGCAGUCUGAAGUCCUUAGGCCUUAAACUCAAACUCAGAACAUGUGUCUGUGUCCACAUCGGCUCAUCAGUGUCUCUUUUUUUUUUUUAAAUGUGUUGCUUUUUAUUUUGAUUUUAACUGUAAAGCCGUUGGUGAGGUUGCACAGUUAGCCCUUAACCUUCGGUGGGGAAACCCGCCGUGAGGAGCUUGCCGUGGCAGUAUGCCCCCAAACUGUUGUUACAUGCUGCUUGAAGGCUACAUGUUGUUGCUGUUUUUGUAUGUUGCAUAUUUUGCAGACUUAGGAACUGUGGGAAAUAAUGACUGCAGCAGCAGGUCAAAUGACGUUGCAAAGUGCAAGCAACGCAGAGAAAUUUGACUAUGUCAUGAACUUUCUGAAAAAGAUGGCGGGAAACGAGUAUGUGGGUUUCAGCAACGCCACAUUCCAGUCUGAGCGUGAGUCAGGAGACAGGAACUUCGCCAUCGGCUACUAUCUGAAAGAAAAAAAGUGUUUCCCAGAGGGGAUAGACAUGACCUCUGUACUGGACUUGUACUUUCAACUCUGCUCCAUUGAGGUGACAUGUGAGAGUGCCAGUGUCAUGGCGGCCACCCUGGCCAAUGGGGGUAUCUGCCCAAUCACGGGCGAGCGCGUGCUGAGCCCAGAGGCGGUGAGGAACACGCUGAGUCUGAUGCACUCCUGUGGCAUGUACGACUUCUCAGGACAGUUUGCUUUCCAUGUCGGCCUGCCUGCCAAGUCUGGAGUAUCAGGAGGCAUCCUGCUGGUUGUGCCCAACGUGAUGGGCAUCGUGUGCUGGUCGCCUCCGCUCGACAAGCUGGGCAACUCGGUCAGAGGGAUCCAGUUCUGCACGGACCUGGUGGAGCUUUUCAACUUCCACAACUACGACAAUCUGAGGCACUUUGCCAAGAAGCACGACCCUCGCAGAGAAGGAGGCGACCAGCGGGUCAAGUCUGUCAUCAACCUGCUGUUUGCCGCCUACACUGGGGACGUAUCAGCCCUGAGGAGGUUCGCGCUGUCAUCCAUGGACAUGGAGCAGAGGGACUACGACUCGAGGACGGCCCUGCACGUUGCAGCAGCUGAAGGACACAUAGAGGUGGUUCGCUUUCUGCUGGAGGCUUGCAAGGUGAAUCCAGUACCCAGAGACAGAUGGGGGAACACGCCGAUGGAUGAGGCGGUGCAUUUCGGCCACCACGACGUGGUCACCAUGCUGCAGCAGUACCACGAGAAAUACAGCCCGCCCUCCGAUGACGAGCACAAGACCAGCCCUGAGAAGAGCCUGGACAGCCUUCUGUGAGACCUGCUGCAGGUUUCUACGGAGGACCAGAGGAGGAAAAACUUUGUAGACCAACGCUCAGGCUUCUGUUGAAUUAUUUAGCUGCUCUGCUGUGAUUUGUUUUCUGGCCGUAAAUGGUUGCUUGUUCACGUCUAUUGAAAUGUGAGCGUGAGCGACUUAAACUCAUAUUUAAAGUGUUUACGGUAUUACUCCUGUAAUCUCACAGUACUGUAAACCACAUUUCUAGGAUGUAGCUUGUACUAGUUUAGUAUUUUGUUAGUUUUACUCUCACUGUACAUGUGUUGUGAGCUGUGUGGAAAUUAUGGUGUAAAUUAUGCGAUGUGUAGUUACGGGUGUGCUUGAUUUACAUUCCUGCCUCUGUGCUCAUUUGCAAGGUCACCAGCAGGUUCUCAGAGAUUGUACUCCAGAAUGUAUUUUUCAGUGGAAAAACUUGCAAUAGAAACAGUUUGUAUUUAUUUCACAGACUUUCUAAAGAUGGAAAUUCCUUUCAGAGCGUGUGAGACGGACGGAAGAUCGUGUGAUUUGUUGCAUUUUGUGGUUUAUUUUUGUCAGCAUGGUUACAUUUGUGUAUUUAAUUUGGGCGGACUAUAAUAUCAAUAUAAUGUUGAUUGGCAUACAUUUUAGGGCAAUGUUUACAGUGACAACCUGAUCUGGCUUUGUGCGGUAAUUCUCAGACAUUAUUUUCAGAUGUUUUUCUUUCCACAUGUGGAAUAUAGUCAGUGUUUUUAACCCGUGAAAUUUAAUUUGCAAAUAUAUAAACAUGAACAACACGUACGAUAAUUAUAAUCAAAACUACAUACUUAAAUUUAAUGUCCAUGUGAGUGU